AUGGCGGCAUUCGGUUCACGACAAGAUGUAGCCCAUCGCGAGCCUGGGAUGCCGCCGGCUACAGCGAGAGGCGCCAGAGGAGAUGGCGAGGACGUCGUUGAUGGGCGAAGCGACAUUGCAUCCUCGACGGAUCACAUCGGAGAGAAGGCUGCCGGCCCUCGUUUGACAAAACGCCAAAAAGUCCGACGGCACUGUGGUAGAUUCUGGCUGUGGUAUCUCAUAGCCUCUAUUAUAUUCCUCGCCAUUCUACUCCCGAUUCUCUUUAAAUUCAUCAUUCCUGCCAUCAUACAGGCUAUCGUCGGGGGACAAGGCCUACCCAUCACGGAUGGCCGAUUGGACUGUGUGUCGGGAACACAAAUGAAACUGGCCAUCAACACCUCCAUCAACACACCUCUGCCCGCAAGAAUGACUGAAUUGCCCCUUUGGUUAUACAACAAAGACACCAAGCCGUUUUCUCCUUGGGCCAGGUUAAACAUUACCGGACAACGGCUCAAGGGCGAUACUAAAAUCGUUGUCAAAGACCAACUUGUCACCAUCAGCAACCAAAGCGAGUUCGUCAACUGGGUGAGCCACAUCUUCGACGAGGAAAAUGUGGACCUUUCCUUUCGUGGUAAUACUGCAGUCUUCCUCGGUAAGAUCGAGGCCAACACCCACCUUGACAAGUCUGUCCAGUUGCCCGGUUUGAGGAAGUUGUCAGGCUUGAGCAUCGAGGACUUGAAGGUCAUGCUGCCCCCUGACCGCAAUGGCAACAACAUCAAAGGCACCGUCAAAAUUCCCAACUACGGUUUGCUGGUCAUGAAUUUUGGCAACAUGACCUUCAACAUAUUAUCGGGCGAUCUCAAGAUCGGUCAAAUCACAUUAUACAAUGUGCUUUUGAACAAGGGAAAUACCACCGUGGGUUUUGACGGGCAGGUUUAUCUUGAUACCGUGAUAAAGAACAUUGGACCCGUGCUCGCCAGCCAGAGCAAUGCUCUCAACAGGGGCCAGGUCGAUCUCAAUGUCACGGGAAAUCAGGUCGUCAUGAACGGCGAACACAUUACCUAUAUCGAGCAACUUCUCGGCUCCCGUCGCCUGACAACGUCAAUAUCCGUCGUGAAACUUCUAAGCGACGUCUUGAGUGGCUUUAUGGGCGGAGGAGGCGGCAGCUCCAUCGUUGAUGCCGUUGGCGACAUCUUUGGCAACAACACUUUUAUUCAGAACGUUGUUGACCACUGGAACACGACGAAAGCUGGCGGGAGCUCAACAAAGAAUGGCAAGAAUGGCUCGAUAUUGGCAAAGCGAAACGAAGCCAAGGAGGCGUUGAUGUGGAACAUGCUCAAGAUGGGAUUGAGAAUGAAGCUAAACCAGCGGUAG